GACUCAGUAGCAGCAGUUGCUCCCCCCUCCCCCUUUCUCUCUCUCUCGCUUCCCCGGCUGCUGCCCUGCCCUCCUGCCCUCCUGCCCUGCCCUGCCUGCACUUCCCCCCCUCAACGCCCACCCUUUCCAUCGUCCUCUUCGGCGCCUCCCCACUUUCCUGCGCCUCUCUCCCUCGCUCCUCUCUCUCUCCCUCUCCCCCCUGCGGGUCCAUCAUCCCCCGGACCCUCCGGAUCCACUCUCUCCAUUGCUUCCUCCUCCUCACUCUAUCCCUCUCCGGGAGUUUCCAUUUCUCAUCGUUCCAUUUGGACUUGAAGGUACUGCACCCGAUGCUUAGCUGCUGAACGACCUAAGAGAGUGGUGAAAGAUUCUAGUCGCCAUGGAUUUGCCGACUUUAGCCACCGUGCUGCAAUCCGCCCUCAGCACCAAUCCCGAAGAGCGGAAGGCCGGCGAAGAGCGGCUUAAUCAGUAUCAACAUGUUCAGGGGCAUCUUGCGGGACUGCUACAAAUUAUUGUGGCGACACACAUAGACCUGUCCAUUCGCCAGGUUGCCAGUAUCUACUUCAAAAACGUGAUUGCUAGAGAUUGGGUGCCUCGAGAACCUGUUGUAGUACCAAAAAUAUCUGAUACCGAUAAGGCCCUUGUAAGAGAGCAUCUUCUGGAGGCGAUUGUGCAGGCUCCUUACAUAAUCAGGGUCCAACUUGGUGAAUGCUUGAAGACUUGCAUCCACGCCGAUUAUCCAGAGCACUGGCCGGAUCUUCUUCCUGCGAUUUUCAACAAUUUGAAGUCUCAAGACCAACAGCGAGUUUACGGUGCUCUUUAUGCUCUACGCAUUUUAACUCGCAAAUAUGAGUUCAAGGAUGAAGAAGAGCGAAUGCCAGUGUAUCAUAUCAUUAAUACGACUUUUCCAGUUCUGUUAGAAAUAUUGAACCAUCUUUUAGCACUCCCGAAUCCUGCAAUCGAAGUUGCAGAUCUUAUCAAGCUGAUAUUGAAGAUUUUCUGGUCGUCAGCUUAUCUGGAGAUACCAAAGCUCUUGCAUGAUGUGAACACUUUCACUGCAUGGAUGUCGAGCUUUCACAAUCUUUUGGAGAGGCCUGUUCCUGUGGAGGGUCAGCCUACAAAUCCUGAGCAACGAAAAGUGUGGGGGUGGUGGAAAGUGAAAAAGUGGACUUUGCAUAUCAUGAACCGACUUUACAAUAGAUUUGGAGAUCCGAAGAUGUCUAAGCCCGAGAACAAGGCUUUUGCUCUGAUGUUUCAAAAGAAUUUUUCUGGAAAGUUUUUAGAGCUUUAUAUGAAGCUGCUUAGUGUUGUGCGGGAGAAUGGGUAUCUACCUGACAGAGUCAUCAAUUUGGCUCUGCAGUACCUCAGCACCAGUGUGUCCAAGGCUGUUACUUAUCAGUUGUUGAAACCUCAACUUGAUGUGGUCCUGUUUGAAAUCAUAUUCCCACUUAUGUGUUUCAAUGAUGCUGAUGAUGUACUAUGGCGAGAAGAUCCACAUGAAUAUGUCCGGAAAGGUUAUGAUAUCAUUGAGGACAUGUAUAGUCCUCGUACUGCAGCUAUCAACUUCAUUUCCGAAUUGGUCAGAAAGCGAGGGAAGGAGAACUUGCAGAAGUUUCUAUCAUUCAUUGUUGAGGUUUUCAGAAGAUAUGAUGAAGCCCCAGCAGACCAGAAACCAUAUAGGCAAAAGGAUGGAGCUUUGCUAGCUGUUGGCGCUUUGAAUGACAAGCUGAAACUUACGGAGCCUUACAAGUCCCAACUUGAGCACAUGUUGGUUAACCAUGUGUAUCCUGAGUUCAGAAGCCCUGCCGGUCAUCUUAGAGCCAAGGCUGCUUGGGUGGCGGGACAGUAUGCUGAUAUUACUUUCUCAGAUCAGCGUCAUUUUACCUCUGCUUUGCAUAGUGUUGUCGCAGCCCUCACUGAUCCUGAGCUUCCAGUGCGGGUUGAUUCUGUUGUUUCUCUCCGGACGUUCGUCGAAGCGUGCAAAGAUCUUAGUGAGAUUCGGCCAAUAUUACCUCAACUUCUUGAUGAGUUCUUCAAGCUGAUGAACGAAGUCGAGAAUGAGGACCUUGUCUUCACAUUGGAGACAAUUGUGGAUAAAUUCGGGGAAGAAAUGGCACCCUAUGCACUUGGUCUCUGCCAAAAUCUGGCUGCUGCGUUUUGGAAGUGUCUAGAGUCGUCAGAGACUGAUGAUGACGAGGAUGAUUCUGGAGCUCUAGCUGCAGUGGGUUGCUUGAGAGCUAUCGGCACCAUUUUGGAGUCUGUUAGUCGGCUACCUGAAAUUUAUCCUGCUAUUGAGCCAACACUUCUCCCCAUCAUGCAACGAAUGCUGACUACUGACGGUCAAGAUGUGUUUGAAGAGGUCUUGGAGAUAGUAUCGUACAUGACUUAUUUCUCGCCUGUAAUAUCAGUGAACAUGUGGAGUCUGUGGCCGCUCAUGGUCGAUGCACUUCUGGAAUGGGCUAUCGAUUAUUUUGAGAAUCUUUUGGUGCCAUUGGAUAAUUAUAUUUCAAGAAGCACAGAGCACUUCUUGACAUGUACACAGCCAGAUUACCAAACAAGCCUCUUCAAAGUCAUAUCUACAUUAAUGGCUGCUGAGAAACUUGAAGACAGUGACAUAGAACCAGCUCCGAAGUUGAUCGAAGCAGUGCUGCAAAACUGCCGAGGACGAGUGGAUCAAUGGUUGGAGCCUUACCUGCGUAUUAGCAUAGAGAGGCUUCGCAAAACAAGGAAGAACUACUUGAAGGACUUGCUCGUGAAUGUGAUUGCCAACGGACUUUAUUAUAAUGCACCCAUGUGCCUUACCAUUCUACAACAUUUGGGAGUGACCAGCGAAAUUUUCCAAUCGUGGUUCCAAAUGCUGUAUGAGGUCAAGAAAUCCGGCAAACCCUUGCACUUCGUCAGGGAGCACGACAAGAAGGUUUGUAUUCUAGGGUUGGCUUCACUAUUGGUAGUCCCUACGGCGGCCAUGCCGCCUGAACUUCAAGCAGGCUUGGAUCAAGUAUUCAAGGCUCUGUUGAAGUUGCUUGUUGCGUACAAAGAGCAGCGUGCAGAGGCAGCGAAGGUCGAGGAGGUAGAAGACGAUGACGAAGAGGAGUGGGAUGGGACAGCCGAUGAUGGGGAAUGGGACAAAGAGAUCGAUGAUGACGAAGAUGAGGGUGACGAGAGCACGGAGAAGCUUCAAAAGCUAGCAGCUCAGGCCAAGGCUUUUUCACAUGCGGACGAUUCCGACUCUGACUUUGAGGACUAUGCCGAUGACGAGGAGUUCCAGGCUCCUAUUGACAACGUCGAUGCAUUCAUCUUCUUCUCUGAUGCUAUGAAAGCAAUGUCGAUAUCUGAUCCUGCAAGAUUCCAAGCUUUGUCUGGCUCUUUGGACUUCCAACAGCAGGCCUGGGCUCAUGGCUUAGCUCAGCACGCUGAAGAGAGGCGGAAGGAAAUUGAGAAGGAGGCUAUGGAGAAGGCAGUUGCUGCAGGUGCGGGAGUUGCCCUGCAAUAGUGGCAUAAUCCGAAGUCUGUUCAAUUGAUAUAGAAUUUUGUUGGGGUGUGUUGUCUUGCGGUCAUUUAGCUAGUUAUCAUGUGAGAGUUGCAUUAGGAUGUGAAAUUUAUUGCACUGUGUUGGCCAAUAAUGUAUUGAGCGUUUUGGGAGCAAUUCUUUAUCCAAAAGAAUAGGUCCAAGUUUACAAUGAGGGUCAUUCUAGAGAAGUCCACAACCCGUGGUUUCACUUCUCACCUCUCUGUAUCCCACAAAAGUGGUAAUGGGAUUCAAUCCCAUUAAAAUUGUUGAGUCAUUUUUUUUCUCUUCA